AUGGACAGGAGCAACUUUCAGCAGUCACGUAAAAAGCGUCGUGAAUCGAAGCGCAAAUCGGGCGGCGAGAAGAAGAAACCAAAAUCGAGCACGCGCUCGGACGAAAGUCUUCAUCCCAGCUACACCAAUCUGCAGCCACCAUAUUCGGCCGUCUGCCGUCAACGGUAUCACGCAAAUAAUGUGCUGUACGAGAAGCAGUUCAACUACGAGCUGAAGAUGCUUGAGCUGAUGCAAAAUUCAGCCUACGAUUCGAUGCGGUUCCACCGCCACUUUGCCAUCACAACACUUUGGCCACCGUUGCACACCAGGAAGGAGAUUGAAUAUGUGUUGGAUAAAUUUUUCCGCCACUCGGAGCGACAAACACGCCGUUUGCACGAAAUUAUGAAAGGUCCUGUACACUAA